UUAGCCAAAGACAACCCAAAAGAGGGGUAGUGACCCGCCUCAUUCAGCGCGCAUGGGCAGCUUGGAUGUUGCUUGCUUGGGGGCAGAGGCCUUCUUCCAAUGGUCAGGCGCCACCACGAGCGCGUGGGUCCGCGGCCAGACCGAGGAGGCGGUGUGGUACACGGAGUCCGCGUUUCGGCGCGCGGAGCGGCAGGCCGCGGACUGCUGGCAGGCUGGGGGGCGGUACUGGGAGACCUUGCUGGAGAGCGGUCCGUACCUCUCCUCUCUGCGCAUCGGUACCCCGGAGGACCCAGAGUGCGGGGAGUGCUGGGGGCACCUGGCGGGCCACUUGCAGCUGCCCGAGAAGCUGCUUGGGGGGCUAUGCGCCCCGGACAGCUGCGAAGAGCCGGAGGUGCGGAGCAAGGCGUUCCCGGCCUUCCUGUCCCACAGCCUCCACUUCUCCUUCUUGCUGCCCGCCCCAGCGCCGGAGCACCUAAAGGUCGCGGAGCUGUCGCACUGGUCGCAGCUGAGGUUGGACUUCGUGGUGGGGGGCCUCGCCAGCUGCGGCACCACCACGGUGGCCAAGACCCUGGCGCAGGCGCCGGACAUCGACUUCACCGUGGAUGGCGAGGACGACUUCUUUUAUCAGCACGACUCGCUGCUGCCGUAUCGUGCGGAGGUGGAGGCCUUCAACUUCGGCUGGCUGCGGCGAGACCUUUUCGGCCGCCGCGGAGGCGUCUUGGGGCUGAGGCACCCGGGGCUGUUCCACAGCCACCGGGUGCGUCUGGCACUGCAGGCGGUGCCCAGGCUGAAAAUGAUCCUGGUGGUGUGUGACCCGCUCAGCAGGUUUGAAAAGCUGUUCUGGGCCUUCCACCAGUGCAAGGCCAACGCGCAGGCCCGGCUGCCCGUGGGCCCCGAGCGCCGAAGCCGGUGCUUCCACAGCGCCCGAGCGGCCCUGGAGGAGCCCGAGCUGCUGCUCAGGGCCCAGUUCGGCCCGCACCUCCGCCAGCUGCGCCGCCUGCUGCCGGAGAGGCUUCGCGCGGUGCACCAGGCGCACUUCCGGGAGGGCGGCUCAGAGGCCUUCCGCAGCCUCGCGCGGUUCCUCUCCGCGAGGAGCCCGGAGUUCCAGAUCGCGCGCCACAACCACCACGGGGGUCAUCGCUCGGACCUGUGCCACAACGCCUCGCUGGUGUCGGAGCUCCAGGCGCGGCUCAGCUCGGAGUACCAGGCCGUGGAGGAGCUUCUCGACGCGUGCAGCGAUCUUCCGCUACCGCAGGAGCUGCUGCUGCGGCAAACGCGCUGCGACCGUGCCGAGGAGCUGGCGGAGCCUGAGGCGCCGGAGCCGCGGCCGCUGCCGCGCCUGGUUCCGCUGGACGUGGGCUCUUUAGUGUUCAAUGCGUUGGUUCUCUAUGGGAACACCAUGACCUCCAGCGCGCUGAAGGAAGUCGGUGAGUCCACGCGAGGCUGGUCCAACGUUGGCAACGGGAUCGCCUCUUCCCUCAAAACGGAGAUCGACGUGGUUAUGAACAACGUGUCGAUCAUGCUGCUGGACAGCCUGGAGCACGUCUCCGGCGCCCAGGGCCAGCUGGAGAUGGUGCUCUCCAUGGUGGGCAACGAGACGGACAAUGCUGUGGCAAAGCACCCAGAGCUAUCCUUGCUGCAGGAGCACGGCCCCGAGAAGGGCCUGGCGCUGCUGCAGGAGAAGCACGGGAAGAAUGAGUCCCACGUAGAGGCCCUCGUGCCGCUGGUGCUCACUGCCGUCCACCAGGUGCUGGAGGUGGUGAUGUCCAAGGUUUCGGAAGGCCUGCACACGCUAAUGAUCAAGAUCAAGCCGGCGCUGAUCCAGGUUGGCAAAUGGAUCCAGCAGUUCGGCGCGAAGGUCCAAGCAGGCCUGGAGGACUUUAGUCUGACCUUGGACAAGGCACAGAAGAUGUUCGACCAGGUCAUGGCGCAGAUGAAGGGCACCGCCAACAACUCGGACCAGAUGAUGUUCGAGACCUGGCCCAUCUUCGACGACGACGGCUCCGGGUCAGUCUCCGCCACGGAGCUGUCGAACGUGGGCGACUGGUUCUCCAUCAGCGCGCUUCAAGGCAAGAAGGCACCUGAGCUCGUCAAGAAGUACGACACGAGCGGCGAUGGAACACUUGAACGAAAGGAAUUCCACGCCCUGGUGAACGAUCCCAGCAUCCCUGGGUCCCUGUCGGUGAUUUUGAGGAAGUACGCCAAGCGCUUGGCGGAGAUCGCCGGGCAGGUGGGCCGGGCGCUGAUGCGGGACGACGUGGCGAACUCCGUGGCGGCCUACGUGCGCCUGGUAUGCGCCAAGAACAUGACAAAGGUGGGCUGGAUCUCGGACCGCCUGGGCAACGGCUCGGUACCCUUGGACUUCACCGGCACCGUCUUUGUGGAGAUGUGCCUCGCUGCGAAGGACCCCAAUGCACAGGUCUACACCUCCGCGGAUACCGGGCUCAUACUGACCCAGGAGGUGUACAAUCUGCACCCCGAGGCGAUGCUUCAGGCCGUCGACCUGAUGAGCAACGCCAGUUGGUGGACAGGGCAAGGGUACAACCUCCAGGACCAGCCGGCGUGCGUGAAGAUGGCCACUGGGUGGAUCACCCAGGUCGAGAGCGGCAACGGGGUCUCCUUGCUUGGACUGGGCCAGAGCGGCACCGAGGAGGAGCAGUUCCUGUCGCAGAUGCCUGAGGCUGCCUACAUGCUGGCGGAGGAGGGCGUCAAGCUCUACCGCCUCCAGCGGCUGCAGGCGCGGCAGCAGCGCCGGGCCCAGCUCUACACGUCGCAGACCUCGCAGCUGCUGCUGCAGCGCCUGCUGGGGGGUCAGUCGCCCACGGAUGGCACUUCCGAGGAGACACAGGCAGCUGCCACCGGAGGCGGGGUGCCGGCGGUGAACUCCACCUUGGAGUUCGCUCAGUUCCUGGAAUGGAACGCCACCGACCGGGCCAAGGAGCUCCAGCGCUACUCCUUCGACUACUCCUCGGAGUCCAGCAACGCCAUCGACGAUUUUGCCUCGAAGAUCCAGGCCAUGAUCAAGAAGGUGUCCAGUUUCAUUAGCCUCAUGGAGAAGUAUUCCACCGAGAAGGGCAUCACCGACUUGGAGAACCAGGUCGAGCAGUUUCUGAACAACGCACUCGAGGACGUGUCCAAGACCAUUGAGCAGAAGCUGGCCGGCCUCAUCACAGCGAACGCCCCGAAGCUGGAUCAGGCGAUCCACGCGGCGGCCCACAGUGCGGGGGAGCGCCUCGGGGCGAUGAUCGGCCAGGUGAUCUCCAGCCCCAUGAUCCAAGCCUUGGAGGCGCCGCUGGAGGAAGUCCUGUCUUCGUCCCUGGGCAACGCCACGGGCGCCUCCAUCGGCAGCACCAUGAGCGCCUCCCUGGGCAUGGAGAUCUCCAACCUCACCGCCGGCACCCUCGGCGCGAAGCUAGGGGAUGCCUUGGAGGGGCUGGUGGACGAUGCCCUGGAGAAGGCCGGCGAAG